AUGGCCACGUGGAAUAUUUGGGUCUUCAUUGUUGCGUUUUGCAUUUUGGGCAGAUCCUUCGGACGAGACGAAGAAAAACGUGCACCAAAGACAUUGACCGCUACAGACAAAAGGAAAUCGAAUGAAAAGGAAGGGAAAUCGGUUGACAAUGAAGAGACAGUGAUUUUUGGAGAUGAACCCAGUGAUUUUUGGUGCCAGGUUUGUUUGCAAAUGAGGGAGAUAUUUAGAUCUGCAAAUGAGGGAGAUGAACGUGUAGGGUCGAAUGUCACUCUUUUGAAUGUAGACCAAAUACUUGGCCUCAACACACUAGAUAUAUCCUUAGCUCGCUUAGACUUUGCACCAUAUGGUGUAAAUCCACCCCACACUCACCCUCGUGCCACCGAAAUUAAUUCUAGUAGUCGUAGAUGGUACUCUUUUAAUGUGGGAAAGACUAAUGAUGUUAAUUUUGCCAGCCUUGGCAGUCAAAAUCCUUGGCUCAUCACCAUAGCAAAGGCUGUCUUUGGAUCCAAUCCUCUCAUCAGUCCAAAUGUUCUCACCAAGGUCUUCCAAGUGGACAACAAAGUGAUCGACUAUCUCGAGAAACGGUUCAAUUAG